GAUGUUUUGUUGUUGUUGCUAGUGGCAAUAGAAUAUAAAGCAGUGUAACUUUAGGAAGUCAGUCAGUACAGAGCAAAGGAUUGUUGGAAUCACAAGUGAGCUGGGGGAAAAUAGAAAAUGAACUCUGACCUGAAGGAGAGAAUGAAAUAUUUGCUUUAUAUGCAAAUUAUGUCUGCACAGGUCUUAAUUUCAGGUGCAUUUGAUGUUGCUGUAUCAAAGACUACAUUGGUAGGAAUUCACAGACAAAGUAUUGUCCUUGGAUGCAGUUUUACUGUUGAUAGUCGUUUACCACUGGACCAUGUAAUCAUCACUUGGCAACGUGCUGAGACGAAUGACGUGGUGCACAGUUAUUAUUAUGGCAAAGACCAACUCAGUCAACAGAAUGAACAGUAUUCAGGCAGAACAAGUCUAUUUCCAGAGGAAUUCAAACAUGGCAAUGCUUCAUUAAAACUGGCAGGAAUGACAGCAGAGGAUGCUGGGGAGUAUGUGUGCUUUGUUGGCAAUAUAUUGGGAAGUGCCAAAGGGACAAUUUCAUUGAAAUUUGCAGCUUACUAUAGGGAUCCACAACUGUUCAUCAAACUGAAACCAUCCAGUUCGACUAUCAUUCUGGAAUCUCAAGGUUAUCCUGAACCAUCUAUUUUCUGGUACUGCGCAGAAGAUAAAAAUGUGUCCCUCCAGCCUGAAAUUUCAUUUGUUAAAAGUGAAGAUGGUCUUUACUCAUUCCAGAGUAUUCUUAAACUUGAUAACACAAUGAUGAACUGUAACCAUGUGGUUGAAAUUCAGAACUCCCUUGUUAACCAGACUGUUACCAGGAAAUUCAACAUCCUUUUACAACAACAAGAUAUUCAGAACCAAAACUUCAACAAGAACAUGUGGAUUGCUCUCAACUCCUGUACAAUUCUGAUAUUUGUAGCAAUUAUUAUUCUGAUAUUGCUAAUCUGUAGAAGCAAACAAGCUCAACAACAGGAAAUUGAAGAAAAAGCGAAGUGUGAAUUUAUAUGAGUGAUCCCAGGAAUGGAACAGUUGAUUUUUUUGUUUAUUCUCAGGUGAUUCACAAGACUUUAUUAUCCACUGUUAGGAUGAGCUUUCUUUUUGAACUUCUGCCUUCCGUAUGUUGAAGGUUCUUCCGCAGUGCUGUUAGCUAGGGAAUUACUAGUUUUGACCCAGCAACGAAAAAGAAACAAUGCUGUGUGGUGUAAUCAAUGUCAAAAGGUAACCUGGAGGUGAGGCUGUUCCAUUGCAGCUACUUGUUCAUCCCACUGAGUGUUGUAGAAGACACAGCUGAAGAAGCAGCACUUCCUAUAAGAAUCUACAUACUGUAACCACAGUACAUCUGCAAUGCACAUUGUGUAAUGUUAGGACUAACUUUUGAUACUGAAAAAUACAGUUUCUAAGUUGACCAGAUCUGUGAUCAUUUUAUGAAUGAGUAGCAGUUUAUAUAUAUAUCUCUCUGGAGUUAUGUAGAAGUUGGUCGCUGCUUUCCCAUCCCAUAUCCUUCUAAACCUUGGAUUAAAAUGCAAUAGUGAUUGAAGCUCAUGAGCAGCUAGCAGUGAGAACAUUAUGGAUAAAUAGAUGGCUCUGGUUAGCUUAACUUUCAGCUACAGCUUUUCAAUGACUGAAGUUAUUUCAGAUUUGAUUAUUCCCUGCUGAUCAUAGGGAAGAUUAAGAUAUAUAUAAAUCAAUCAUGAAGCAAACAGUCAGCAUCUUAUAAUUAUGCAAACAGAAAACAGAAUUGGACAAGCAAAGACUAACAAAGUCAUGUAAGCGCUAUGAUGUACAUUGUUGCCAGCAGGAAUAGAAUAUGCCAUUUUCUAAUCUACAGUUGAAGGAGACAUGUUGAGCUCUAGAAAGUCACAAGUAUGGAGUACAAGGUCAAAAACUGUGGCCCCAAAAGUUCAUCAUCUGUGAUCCUAGCAGUGGUGCAGAAAUUGGGGUCACUUGUAUCCUGCCAGUGUUUGUCAAGUCGUCAAGAAGUUAUCUAGUUUUCCUGUGCUGGUGAAACCCAGUGUUAUUAUAGAUGCAUCUUCAAUGCAGCUACGAUAUCUGCCAUAGCAAGUGGGUGACUAAGGCUCUCCCCACCUGCCUCUCCGACCUCAGUCAUGGACUCUUUCAGCUGUUCUAUUCCACAAAGCUAUGCACUGAAGAAUAGAACUGGAGCUAAUGUUUACAAAUUUUUAUGUUUUUUUUAAACCGAGAUACACAUUACGAAAAUAUCCCUAAUCAUGUAACAACACUAACUAUUUGUAGGCGCACAAGUGAAGGCCCAGUUAUGGUCCACCAUGUUUGUACAAUUAAACACAAUUAAUAUACAAUUAACAUUGUCUUCCUAAUUCGGAGGAUGAUCAAGUAGGUUUAAAAAAAAUUAGUCCAACUUUUGGAAUUCAUCUGAUGGGGCCCUCAUCUGGCAUCUCAACUCAGUGUUGGGAACCAACACCAGCAGUGCAAUUUGAAACCAUGUUGUUGUGAAUCCCUGACCCUAGUGUAGCCUUUUUAACAUUUGCCAUGAAAGGAGAAGAUAGAAUGAUCUAUCUACCAUUUAAAACAGGGUCUCAGUCAUUUUCUGCCACAUUCUUGCCAGAAUUGAAGUUGGGCAAAACCUAUGUGGACGUUGAGGGCCCAACAGUUUACACAAUAUGCCUUACCUUGUUUUAUAUUCAACAUUUAAUAAUUUAUUUAGAAUAAAGAGCUGAUUUUAAACUAAUACAACUUGUAAGUUUGGUUCACGGUCAGAUUGAUCUCUUGAUUUAUAGCCCCUCAAUUUUAUAUUCAAAUUACUUCAUUGGAGCCCAAAAUCAGGCAGGCUAUAAAUCCCAAAUGAGGCCCAUUUCUGGCUCAGACAUUUGGACAUAACUGUAAUCUGAUGUGUUUCUAUCUGGCAUUUUGUGAAAAAUCCAUCAAGAACUUUAAGUUCAACUCUUAACUAACAGAAAUAAUAAUCACUGCCAAAAAACUCCCCACAUAUUUAAAUUAUUUCAUGUCUAUUCUGGCUGCAUUACUUUUAUCAGUUUAAAGUAUUUUAUAUUUUUAACACAAAUGUAUGGAAUAUGAACUUAAAUUUUGUAAGUUUCAUGCAAACAAUUUUCUAAAUAAAUUGUCAUCCAUUUA